GACGGAUGUUUUUUUAUUCUGAGUUUCAGCGAAACGGUCAGGUGACGAGCAGGAAGUCAUGUGACCCGCGGCUCAGCGUCUUAGUAAAGAUGGCGGCGGCGGUCAGUGUGAGAGUUGGUUCUCUGUUCUUUCUGGUUCUCCUCUCUGUUCCUUCACCGUGUUCCAGUUCGUCGGAGAGAACGUUGUUUUUACAAUUAAAUCCUGGUGCUCUGUCGCCCCCUGCUGGUGGAGAUUUGCUGCAUGCGAGAGCUGUGGGAGACAACGACACACUGCAUUUCCUUUUCUGCAGCCUGGGGGCGCCAACACUUUUGAUCCUCCACACCAAUACGACUACUUCAACCGUCCAGGUCAACUGGACCCUGUUCUUGGCACGUAACACCAGCGGCAGCCUGAAGGUGGAGCCAGAGAACAGCCUCCUGUCCAGCACAGCUGUUGUCUUUACUAAGCUCCUGGAGUACGAUGAUGCCAAUGACACGGCCGACCCGACCUCUGACCUCUUCCCAGAGUACCGGCUGCAGGACUUCACGUGGUCUCGUCUUCACCUGUCUGGUCCUGUAGCGCUGCUCUGUGGCUCCGCCCCCAACACCAGCGACGGCUGGUUUUGUCUGAAGUUGUCAGUGUUUGACUCUGAGGGGCGUGGUCAGCAGUGGCCCCGCCUCCUCCACACGGCUAACUCCACCCAGCUGGAGCUGUGGCUCCACGGCUUUUCUCCACGUUCGGCUCAGUCCAGGUUCCUGGUGGAGCUGCAGUCGGUGGGCGGAGCCUAUCCUCUGAACAAAGUCAACGUUCGUCGAUCGAUCGACGAUGAGUUCACGCCGUCAAUUUUCCAGAUGUCCGAGUGGGUUUCAUCGGUCAACAGCACUCCUGACGUCCCGUGGUUCGUCCAGUGGCGUCCAGUGGCGUACCGGAACUCCAGUCGUUCCCUGGAGGAUGCGACGGCGUGCCGGAGCUCCGCCCCCCGGCCUCACAGCGGGAAUCAGACGGCCUCGGCCUCGGCCCUGAUCCAGGGGUUUUACUCCAACCCAGAAACGUUUGGACUCAACGUGAGCUUUGGCGCGGCCGGAGACCCGUUCUUCAACAGUACCAGGUUCCUGUCCUGGACUCUGCUGGUGGGCGUCGGCUCCCCUCCCGUCGACUCCUUCUCUCCCCUGGUUGUGACCAUCAUGGCGGUGGGUCUGGGAGCGCCGCUGCUCCUCCUGCUGGUGGGCGGAGUCUGGGUCUGCGUACGGAGGACGACGUCCGUCAGCACGGCCUCCACCUACCAGCCAAUCAACUGACGGCACGGCCUCAGCCAAUGAGAAAACAGACUCUGAAGAGACUUCCGCUUAUUUUUGAUGAUGUCAGAGUAGCGGCCGGCCAAUCAGAACAGAGGAAACAGACGGGUUUGUACAGAACAAAAUCAGCCGUUUCAUUUUCUGAACAGAUUUUAAUUAAUGUCUGAAAAAAAAAGAGGAAUUUAUUCAUUAAUAAAAGUUUUUAAAAUGU